AUGUCUGAAUCAGAAACUGCAGAGCAAACGUCUACUGUAGUGGAUCAAUCCUUUUCCAAGCCUACUCAUAUUAGUACAUUUCCUUUUCAAGCCAUCUGUCCUUUAUCAGAACAGGAAAACCUUGAUUACGAGUCUACCUAUAUAUCUGCUCAAAAGCGUUCGUCCAAGGAGUUUAAAGCCCAUGGUCCAAAUGAUGGGAAAAAUAAAAAGAGAAAGUGGGGUCCUAUUACUUCUGAAAAUACGGAAACAAAGGAAUCCAUAGAUACUUUAGAGAAAAAACCACGCAUGCCAAAGAAAAAGGUUGUUUUAUUGAUGAGCUACUGUGGUACUGGAUAUCAAGGCAUGCAAAUUAAUCCAGAUGUGCCAUCAAUUGAACUGGAUCUACACAAGGCAUUGGCUGCUUCUGGGGCUAUUGCAUUUAUGCGAUGUGCUAGAACUGACAAGGGAGUCCAUGCAGGCGGUCAGGUUGUGUCUCUUAAAAUGAUUAUUCAAGACUCUGAUAUUAUUGAGCGCAUCAAUGCUCGUCUUCCGCCCCAGAUCCGAGUCUGGGGAUACGCUCGUGUUCAACAGCAAUUCCAUGCCAAACACCAUUGCGAUUCCCGUAUUUACGAAUACAUCCUACCCACCUCUGUCUUGAAAAAAGUCGAUCCCACAUACUAUCCACUUUCCAAAAUUGGUGUAGCUGCGGGUGUAACGUUUGAAAAUAUGGGCAGAGCGAAAAUGGAACCUAUCGAGAUACCCGAGCAUACGGACAACGAAAAAGAGACGAUUCAAGGAUACAGAACCAACCACCAGGAGCUUGAAGAGUUUAGAGCUAUUUUAAACGAGUAUGUGGGAACGCACAAUUACCAUAACUUUACCAUUGGCAGAAAGUUUGAAGACAAGAGUUCAAUACGAUACAUUAUUAGCUUCAUCUGUUCUGAGCCGUUUCAACGUGACAACACAGAAUGGGUCAGUCUUAAAGUCAAAGGGCAAUCGUUUAUGCUGCAUCAAAUUCGAAAAAUGAUUGGUCUUGCUGUGAUGAUGAUGCGCACGAGCACACCAAAGAACCUGAUUGCAUCUACAUUUUCCCAAACACGUAUCAAUAUUCCCAAAGCUCCCGCACUCGGUCUAUUGCUGGAACGUCCCCUGUUUGAAAACUACAACAGUCAGAUUCAACCAAAAGGAGUGGAUCGUGACGUGAUUGAUUUUGAUCAGUACAAAGAGCUUAUAGAUCAAUUCAAGGAGGAUUGGAUUUACAAGGCACAGAUUCAAGAGGAAAUCAGUAAAGGACAUUUUUUAGAAUGGACAAGAGUUGUUGAUUCCAAUCCAGACGAUUAUGGAUGGUAUCUUACUUCCAAUGGAUCCAUCAUGGAAGAGUAUAAGCCUCCAUAUAUUCAUGCUACAAAUUUGAAUCCAUCCAUCUAUCGUCACGGUGGCAAGAGCCAGUCACGAUCAGAUGGUGAGGACAAUGCCGAGUCAAAAGAUGAAGACUAAAUUCAACAGAAUGAAUGGUGUAUUUGCAGUUUA